AUGGUACCUAUUGGUCGAUAUUAUUUUCGAUCUGAACUUCAUACUUUACACACAAAUUAUGAUGAACAAUUAUCUGAUAUAUUCACUCGAAUAGCUGCAUCUCAUGCACGUUUUGAUAUUGAAGAAGAUUAUCAUAUUCUACGUCAAGCUGACUAUUUGUGCAUGUUUACUGUUGUAUCUGAUGAUGAAGAUUGCAAUCCUGAGAGUUGGAUUCAUCCAAUUGGUGUUGUCCAUCAAAUAUAUGAUUAUUUUGAUCUUCAUUGGUCAAAUGAAAUGGAAAUGACUAUACGUGAUUGA